AUGGAGCCCAAUCGCGAAGAUGGGAGCAGCGCCAGCGCCUCUUCUCCCACCGAGGUACGGCCAUCCUUGAAUCGAGUCCGCUACGACCUCAGCGUCGACACGGACAACACCAACAACACCAGCAACAGCGCGCCUGCCCAGGUCGACGUGCGGCGCCUCUCGCGCUCCGACACGGCCGUCCACCGCGAGCCCUUCUCGCCCCUGCGCCGCCGCAAGAGCACCCGCGUCCAGACGUUCGUCACCAUCGACGACAACGACGACUUCGACUUCGAUGCCACGCAUACGGAGCGGCCAGGCUGGCAGCCGGGGUCGGAACCUGGCUACGAUCCCAAUCUGCCGGACGGCGGACACGCUUCGAUGCCGACGCUGAGCGCGCAGUGCGAGAUCACGGUGGUGGAUUUUUCAAAGGAUAGGAUGGUGAAGAAGCACUUUGACAACGACUCGUUUGUGUCGUUUCUGACGGAGCCCAAGGAGGAGUGGGCAAAGUGUCGGUGGAUCAAUGUGAACGGGCUCAGUUGGGAUGUGAUUCAGGCGAUUGGUGCGCACAAGGGGCUGCAUAAGCUGGCGCUGGAGGACAUCAUGAAUAUCAGGAACAGGACCAAGGCUGACUGGUAUCCGAGCCAUGCCUUUAUCGUCAUGACGCUGCAGAAGCUGGUCCACCUGGUUGACGAUGACGAUUCUUCGUCUGACACGAGCAGCACCUUCUCAGGAAAGUCGUCCAACAAGAUCAAGAGCUGGUUCCGCAACCUUGGCAGCAAAGCCGCAGACAAGGCCGCCAACACCGCCAACAACAGCCCGUUUGAUCCCGAGAAGCGUGCCCCCACCAAGUGCAUGACGGAGCUUUCUGAGACGCUGGGGCUUCAGGAGACGUCCAUGAUGCGCUCGCUGCAGCGGUAUCACGCCUCGGGCAACGAGGUCCGCACCGAGUACAUGGAGGCCAACUCGAUCCUGACGCCGCUCAACCUGGCGGUCUCGGCCGAGCAGGUGUCCAUGUUCCUCACGUCCGAUAACACCGUCAUCUCCUUCUUCGAGGUGUCUGCCGGCGAUGUGGAGCGUCCGAUCGUGACGCGCCUGAGCAACCCGGGCACGGUGCUGCGCGAGUCGUGCGACGCCUCGCUGCUGGUGCAGGCCAUCAUCGACGCCAUCGUCGACCUGGCCGUCCCCCUGACGGCUGCGUACAACGACGUGCUGGGCGACCUGGAGCUGGACGUGCUGACCUCGCCCAACAUCAAGCAGUGCAAGACCUUGUACAUUUGCAUCAGCGAGAUCAACAAGAUGCUGCGCUUCCUGAACCCCAUCGACAACCUGGUCAACGUGCUGCGCGACCACCGCACGAACCUCACACACGACCAGGCCAUGGUCGAGCUGGGGAACCCUGCCAGCGGCGUCAUUGUCACGCCCAUGACGCACACGUAUCUGGGCGACGUGCUGGAUCACUGCAUCAUCAUUACGGAGGCGCUGCAGCAGAGCAAGCAGGCGAGCGAGAACCUCAUCAACCUGAUUUUCAACACCAUCUCGGCGUACCAAAACGAGAGCAUGAAGCAGCUGACGACGGUGACCAUCAUUUUCUUGCCGCUGACCUUUAUCACUGGGUUCUUUGGGCAGAACUUUCCGCCAGAGGGGUUUCCCGAGAUUAAUAACGGGAUAUGGUACUUCUGGGCUUGUGCUGUUCCGACAGCGGUUGCCACCGUGCUCAUCCUCAUGCGCGAAAUGAUUUACUCUUGGAUCAUGAGGGUCAUACAGAGGCAGCGGGUGGUACAUAUCCGGAAAAAGAACAAGGCCAAGAGGAAGACGCGGUGA